UUCAUCAUGUAAAUUUUUCAAACAUAUUAUUAUUUUUCAAAAAUAUUUCUUACAUAGUGAUAAUCUUCAUCAAUUUUUUUGUAUAGAACUUCGUGAUGGAAUCAGAAAUGGAAUGGAGGAUAAUAAUUGAACAUGAGUUGAAAGAGUUGAGAGAUGAACUACACUCUAUUAAACUGGAUUUACAAACCAAAGAUAAAAUUCCAUGUAGAUAUGAGAAGAAGAAAAAAUUGACAUGUGAAUCCAUUAACGAAAAGGCCUCACAAUCACUAUUUUUAAAAAAACAUGUUAUUAGUCAAGAUGAUGUUGUGUUCUUUGAACAUUUUAAACUCGGUAAUACUUUAAGAUCGAAAGAUAGGGAAGUGUUAGAAUACAUUUUCUCAAACUCUGAUCAAUUGUAAGUUUUUCUAUCUUAAUGUAUAUAUUUUUUGUCAUUUUUUCAAUAUAUUUUAAUGUAUAUUAUUGUAUCUAUCCUAGGGAAAUUAUAGUUGAAAGUGAGUCUAGUUUUCUACGACGGUCCGACUUCCGGUAUCUUGGACCUAAAAUGGAGUUGGAGACUGAGAUUGUUACUAUGGUUUCUUCAUUCUUGACCGAGGAUGAGAGGUUGAAGAAGGGUAAAGAGUGUAAGAAUUGGUAUCUUCCUACUCGAAAUAUGAAAUACUUACUACCCGACUCCUACUCCAAUUUACCACUACAUCAAAUUUGGAGGAAAAUGCAUUACUAUGAAAGAUUUAUGGGCUCCCUCGAACAUUGCAAUGAAAUUUAUAUUCCUAUGUUUCUUGUAAGACACUUCAUUCUUGCACGGGUGAUACUUAAAGAAAAAAAAGUAGAAGUUUGGGACUCACUUGCCGAUGAAAAGAAUCCUAUAUUACAGUCAUCUAAGAUUGCUGAUAUUCUACACAAUCUAGAUUUGUUCUUGGAGAAUCAGAUCAAAAGGAAACCUGGUAGUUUCAACUUUGCUAGUUUUGGUAUAGUUCGUGGUAGAAAUGUCCCUAGACAACAAAAUUUGUACGAUUGUGGAGUCUUUGUCAUAUUAUUUAUGAUGAAUAGUUGUAAGCUCGACUCACGGUCUUUUGUGGUAAGUAGAUUUCAUACUAAGUUUUUUUUUUUUUUUUUUAAAUUUUGUUCUUAUCAUACUAUACUUGAGUUUUUUUUCACUAUUGUAGUUCGACUCUAAUGAAGAAAGGUGUCACAUAGCUUCGUGGAUUGCAUGCUCAAAUUUCAACAAGAAUAGAGCAAAAUUAUUGAAAGAUGUUCAAGAGUUCAUUUCAAGCAGAGGAAUAUAGUACUAGGGACAAUGAUCUUUGCCCUAAUUUUGUUAUUCUCAAUCAAGUUGUGUAAAAGAAAGAAAUUUGUAUUAUUAUUUAUCAAUUUUGAGAAAUUAGAAGAUGAUCAAUAUUUGGGAGAAUUUGAAUAGUUUAUUUCUGAAUUAAUUAUUUAUUAACAAGAUUAAAACACACUUUAAAUUUUAUCAUUUUCACAAUCAGCGUUAAUGUUUAUUGGAAGUUUCAAAUGGUAGUUGUAGAC